AUGCAAAAGACAGGUCAAGAGCAGUCAGGAGUCAGUAAUCCAGAGGAGGCAAAGCGGUUGUGUAGUUGCACCCCUCUUCUUUUCCGGGCACUGGUUGAGAUGUCUGAAGUACACUCUUCAAAAGUUGUACGAGGAAAUCCCAACAGAGCAAACAACAGACACCUGGGCAGCUGUGGGGUCCUGUCAGCACGGCGUGCCACCCUUCCGCUGUCCUCCCCCCUCCUCCGGACCACACCCUCCCGCAGCUUCAUUAACCUGGCUGCCUCCAUCACUGCCCGCCGGAUGGAGUACUCUGAGAGCCGCAUACUAGGGUACACUCCAGAGCAGAUGUACAGUGUGGUGGCCAGUGUGGACCAGUACCAGCACUUUGGCCCUUGGUGUAAGAAGUCCCGGGUCGUGAAGGGAAGGAACGGGGAUGUCCGGGCCCAGCUGGAGAUUGGGUUCCCUCCCAUCGUGGAGCGUUACACCUCGGAGGUCAUGGUUGUCCCAAACCACCAAGUCAAGGCCGUGUGUACAGACGGAUCCCUCUUCAGCCACCUGGAGACGAUAUGGAGGUUUACACCUGCAGCCGAGGACCAACCAGACUCCUGCAACAUCAACUUCCAUGUAUCCUUCGAGUUCAGGUCCCCGCUGCACUCCCAGCUGGCCACCCUGUUCUUUGACGAGGUGGUGAAGCAGAUGGUGAACGCCUUUGAGUCGCGGGCAGCCAAACUAUAUGGGGGCCACCGCGGUCCCCUCAAGGAGGUGCCAACAAGGAGGCGAGCAGCAUGAGAAGACCCCUACCUGGGCCCUCACUAACCGACACAUGGACUAAGUCCCACUCCUCACCACCACCUGAAAACUCUCA